CUGAUGUCACCUAGGAGGUUCCCUCAAGUUCAUGAAAUGUAAAUCGAAUGAGUAGUUUAGGGUUACAAACAACGACAGACUUGUUUUUGUUAAUUACUUUUGUUGAGAAAAUGUACUGCAGGAGGAUUAAUUGACAAAUAUUUCAAUCGCACGACAGCUUCGAAAUGUCGAUGGAGGUGGACUAAAGAAUACGCACGAAAACUUUUGAGUGUGAACGAAUGGUGUCCAAUCUCAGGAUGCAGUGGUUUGGGAUAAUAUACCCCAAUUUACUUAUUUGGUUUCAUCACUGUACAUCAGAUACAGUUUUGAUGUUGGAGAACAGGACCCUGUUCACAUACGACGAGUCCUACUACGAGUACGUACCCGACAGGCUACAGUGGCAUGGGGCCGGACGCCUCUGUAACCAGCGCUCAGGGGCCUUAGCCACGGUCUCCAACAACUUUGAGAACCGAGAGCUCACCACCUUCUUAAAGUCCCUGAACAUAACCCACCCCGUGUGGAUCGCCAGGAAAGUCAUGACACACUUAAAGACAAACAGCAGUGACUUUGCCAACGAGUUCCUGUACUCCCUGUUGGAUGCAGAUGUGGUGCCAUAUCACAAUUUCUCCUCCGAGGUGGUGGAUGCACCUCAGGCUGGGGAGUGUGUCACCUUUGACCCCCUGAGUGGAAGCUGGGGCUUAGACGUUUGUGACAGUCAGAGAGGUGCCGUCUGCCAGUUUGAGAAAGAGGGGUUGGACAUCUUUGGCUUUCCCAAGACAGCGUUUUUCAGUAAGGUGAUUGAGGGGAUGAGCAUGAACGCAUCAUCCGAGAGAGACCUGGCGUCGCUGAGCAGACUGACCACCAUGCUGGUCAGGGUCCUGGAGGCCAGUCCGGACAUCCUCACAUCCACCGACGUCCUCUUCCUCACGGAGAUGAUGAAACUGGACUCCACCACCACCACCACCCAGGAGGUCAACCAUGCCCAGGGGAGCCUAGACUCUGCCGAGGCCAUGGUCUCCAUUGCCACCAACUACCUGAAACUGGCCAGUCUCAUCCUGGAUCCUAAGAUGGCCGCCCAGUGGCUAGGUCGGCCGGAGGACGUUGCUACUGUGGGACCAUUCACUGUGGUGGAGAGCAUUGAUAAACUGACUGGAGCUUUAGCAGAUGUGCUAUUUGCAGAGGGGAAAAGCUUUACACUCUCAAUGGAAAACAUAGAUGUGCACGUGGAGGCACGGAAGCUGUCCCAGAUGAGCUGCAGCUGUGUGUUUAAACCGUCAGUUUUUGGCGGCCACAGUAGCAGUAGUGGCCAGGACGAGCUGCUCAUCCCGGACACGGAGGUCCAGAGACUACACGACUUGGGUCACAAGGAAGUAAUGUUCAUCCAUACGUACUACAGCCAUCUCAUGGAGAUCCAGUCUAGGAUGGAGCUGAACACUUCUCCAGAAGACCAGAAUGAAAACACAAGUAUCCUCCCUGGUUGCCUGGCCACUGCAGUCAUCUCAGCCACCGUUCGAGACCCCUCCAAGGCCCAGAACAUCCCAGUGGCCAUCCACUAUACUUUGUCCUCCUCACACAUGGUGGAGUAUUCGCAGCGAGUCACGCCUGUUUGCGUGUUUUGGAAUUUCACCCUAAUGACUGGGCAUUUCAACGGCUGGUCCAGCGAAGGUUGCAGGGUGACUCACACAGGCUCUGAUGUCACUUCCUGCUUUUGUAACCACACCACCAACUUCGCCGUCCUGAUGAAUUACAUGGAGUCCAAGUGGACUCAGGAGGAGGAGGAUAUUUUGACGAAGCUGACGUUUAUCGGCUCUGGGGCCUCUCUGUGCGCACUGGUGGUGACCUUGAUGCUGUUCACCGUGCUGGACAUUCCCAAAUCGGAGAGGACGUCUAUCCACAGGAACCUGUUCAUUGCGCUGACCUGUGCCCAGAUAGUCAUUCUCUGCAGUGGCUCAGCUGUCAACAAUAAAGUGGCCUGCACCCUGGUGGCGGCCCUGCUGCACCUCUUCUUCAUGGCUGCCUUCAGCUGGAUGCUGGUGGAGGGACUGCUUCUCUGGAGCAAAGUGGUGGCGGUCAACCUGAGCGAGGACCGACACAUGAAGUACUACUAUCUCAUUGGCUGGGGUCUGCCAGUGCUGAUAGUCACCAUCACCCUGGCCUCUGCCUCAGGGAAGUACUCUGCUGAUGGCCACUGUUGGCUCAGUGUGCAAAACGGGGUCAUCUGGGGCUUCGCAGGCCCUGUUAUUUUCAUCAUUAUGGUGAACAUCAUGGUUCUGACGCGGGUAGUGGUCAUCACCAUCUCCACAGCCAAGAGGAGGUCCAUCAUGCUGGCAAUGGAUAACAGUCCUGUGGAGCAGGCCUACGAGCAGAUCAGGGCUGCGGUGAAAGCAGUGCUGGUGCUACUGCCAAUCCUGGGCCUGACCUGGCUCUGUGGCGUCCUGGUGCCCUUCUCCAUAGUCAUGGCCUACGUCUUCAUCUUUCUCAACUCACUGCAGGGCCUGUUCAUCUUCCUGAUAUAUGGGGUGUGCAACACAGAGGUUCGGAGCACAGUUAAAAGGAUCAAGGAGAGAAGAAAAGCAAUACAUUUUUCAAACUGUGCCAGCUCCAGACCCUCCAGCUCAUUGACCAGCUCCCGGCCCGCCAGCUCCCCCACGCCCUCUCCCCAGGGCCCACAAGGCCCCAGCCUGGACGAGGGGGGGGACAAGACCUGCUCCGGCAAGCCUAGCCCGCUCCCCAACCCCACCUACCCCUACACCCCAGGCCUUGUAGAGGAGAACGCCAACAGAGGUCAGGUGUCAAUUCCUUGUGUCCCAGAGAGCCUGCAGGAUUCGCCCAGUCAUGCUACGGGUGCCCUGCUCCCCAGAAAGCAGGAGAGGAAGAGCGGAAGAGCAUUACGGAUAACCCUCCCAAAGCCAUGGAGGCCAUGCCAGGUGGAUGUAGCCUUCACGUACCCAUGAUGGACGUCGAGCUCACGUCUUGUUUCUCCCUCCCAGAAACCCUAACCCCCAGAAAACCUACAGCCUUGUAUAUUUAGACUAACCCGUCUGUGUCCCUUAUUACUGCUCUGCCAUUUUGCUGUUGUUUUUCUUCUUUGUCUGCUUGUCUCUUGAGGUGGUGUUCAUUUUUAUAUAUAUUUUGUAUAUACUGAUUCCACAUUGUCUCUGUACAGAAUGUCAUUACAUUUUUUACUUUUUGUAAUGUUUUGUUGAAUGACGGACGUGUUGUUAAUUAGGUAACAAACGAUAAGAGAAUUCAAGGCUGUAAUAUAUGCAUAUAUCGAAAGAAUAAGGCUGCACUUUCUUUUACCAAGUAGUAAAGACUAGUGAUGUCAAUGUCUCCAAAAAAAUUGUUGUUUAAAAAUAAACAUACAGUACUCUUCACUGUUAAAAAAAUCAUUUUCAGCAUAUUUGCUUAAAAUGAUAAAAUGACCGGGAAUGAAAAUAUAACCUCCCCAUUAAGUGAACCAUGGUGCAUUCUGAUUGAAUUAACAUUCCUCUGUGUAAAAAUGAAUGAACGGUAGAGUCACCUGCAGGAAGUGACAGCAAGGCAUUGUUGGCAUAUAAUUAUUUAUUGAAAUAUGAAGAAAAAGUCCAUCAGCUUUGAAAGAAACUCCCCAGAACAGGAAGUGUCAUGACAUGGUGUCAGUAUGGACAGCAGGGGGGCAUAGGUCAUAGACGAGCAGAGGGUCAGCAUGUUCAGGAGGAGGAGGGGGGUUGGGGUUG